CCUCAGACACGCCCCGUUUCCCUCCCUUUGCCUUGUGGGAUAUCUUCUUUCUUUUUAAUAUAUAUAUACAUAUCUACAAAACUGCGUGCUGGGGAGGGGGUUGAACUGUAUUUUUUCUUUGGAGUUCAGCAGUGGGGGGGCAUUCCAGAUUUUUGUUUGUGUGUGGUAUAUAUGUGGAGGAUAUUGUGCUUCAGAUCCGUGUCUGAAUGAAACUACGUUCAUUUUUGAAAUCUCUUGCACAGCGCUAAUCAAAGAGCCUGGAUUUAAAUAUACAUUUCUCUUAUACUUUUCUGAAAUUGUCUUUUUCUCAUUUUCUCUCGUGGGUUUUUCUCUUUCCUGAAGUUCAGCGAGAGAAUUUCUGAGUUUUGACGUAUGUUUGGAAAUGUCAUUCAAACAGGAGCCUUGGAAAUAUUUUUGGAAAUCAUAGUAAUUCAGCGGUAUCUGAAGACCUUCUCUGGUUUCUUUUUCUUUUUUUUGGGGGGGGGGAAUCAUCAAAUAACGGUUGCAAUUAAUCUUUUUAGAGGACUUGUGAUGGUUUGGAUUUAUUUUUAUUUUCCUUUAAGGAAACUUGACAGAAAAGUAAAUUUCUAAUUCAAAUGUAUUUCAUCUCAGAGGAGGGACGGUCUCUGCAAAUACAUUUUAUAAUAAAUAUUGCAUGUGGAAUACAGUAUUGGCUGCAUUUUAAAUCCGGUUUCCAUCGUGUAUCGCAAAUUGAAAAGGAAACACUGGGAAGACGGAAAUACCUUUGAGACCCUGAGGACUCCCCCACACCUCAACCAAUGGAACUGCAUAGAAUAAAACAACUGGAUUAUAUAUAAACACUGGCACUUAUUAUUACUGGCUGCUUUGUUUUUUGGGUGGGGGUUAUAUCAUCUGCUUCUGCAUUCCUUUUUCUCCAUUUCCCUUCUCCUUGUUAUAAAUGAUGGCUCACACUGGGAUAAGAGGUUAUGAUAACAAGGAGAUAGUGCUGAAGUACAUCCAUUACAAGCUGUCACAGAAAGGAUAUGACUGGGUUGCUAGCAGGGACAGAGAAGACCUUUCUCCUCCUACUGUUCCUCAUGACACCUUCCCUGCCCUUGCUGGGCUGGCAUCUCUGCCUUCUGAGCAGCGUGGUUCUGCUGGGAUAGCCCUGGUUGAUGAACCACACCCUGUGCCACAGGUUGUUCAUUCUACUUUACGCCAAGCUGGAGAUGAGUUUUCACGGCGCUAUCGGAGGGACUUUGCUGAGAUGUCAGAACAGCUGCACUUGACCCCAGUCACUGCCAGAGCUCGUUUUGUGGCAGUCAUCGAAGAGCUAUUCCGAGAUGGGGUAAAUUGGGGAAGGAUUGUGGCAUUCUUUGAAUUUGGUGGCAUGAUGUGUGUGGAGAGUGUUGGUCAGGAGAUGUCGCCUCUUGUGGACAAUAUCACUGUGUGGAUGACUGAGUACCUGAACAGGCACCUGCACAACUGGAUCCAGGACAAUGGAGGUUGGGAAAUUUGCUUAUUCUGGACGUAGUGCGAUAACCACUUACCAGAGACUUGCCGGGUGUCUGAUAGAAGAGGGACCCACACUGCAUCAUCCUUUUGCCAGUUCACCAAACUUUGAAUUAACAUCAGUUGUGUUGCCAAGGUAGAUGUUAAAAGUAACAGUAUCAGUAGUGAUAGUUGCCAUAAAUCUUUCUGGUCUGCUGAUGACUGUUUUGCGCCUUGCUGUUUCUCAAGUUACAGUGAGAACUCCCCAUCUUGUUUCAAUCAAGCUUUAAUCACUGAUGUCAUUCAUAGGUUGUGUGAAAUUUGCUGGUAAAAUGAGGUCACAUUUAAAGCAUGAGAGAGGAAAACUAAUGAUGGGGUAGCUAAUUCACGUCAUGUGUGGCCUGUUUCUUGAAUGUGCCUGAAGAAGCAAAGGAAAAAGGCUACUAAAACUGCAUUAUUAUUACUAUAUAACACAAUAGUAUCCUGAUUAUCCUAACCUUGUUGUGUGUUUUUAAGACCCCUACCUGCAUAAAUGUGUGUGUGUCCCAUAACCCAUGUAGAUACACUUCCUUGGUUUCUGAAAUAGUAUAUAUGUUUGGGAUGCUUCUUGUCCCGUUUAGAUAACUAAAGUUCUGCAUGGAUGUCUUCAUACAGAGCACAAUCAUGGUACACUGAUGAAGUCUGUAUUGAUAGAUAAAGUUUUUACAAGGAAAGGAAGCAUUUAUAUAACAUAGAGAGAGAGAGAAGCACCAGAGAUAUAUGACACAAGUUUUUAAUUUCUUUUCUUUAAAAAAAAGAUUUGCUAGAGUUCUUUGAAGGGAAGAGAAGAAAUUAACUCCUUUUAGGAAAUCUGCGCAUAUGGUUUUUGUGACCAGUUCUUGGAAAGUGUAAACCUUUUGUUGUGAUACAUUGUAGUUCUAAGAAAAAUUGAAUUCUAUAUAUACAAGUCAGUGAUGACAGAGAAAGUGGAAGUGGACUGUUCAGGAAGGAUGGUGUAAGAAGAUAACAUGUUACAGUUUCACCUGUCUUUCACAAUGUACCUUAAUCCUUUUCUGUCCCUGCAGUUUCUUUAUUAACUGGAACGUCCCACAUUUUUGCUAUUUUAUAUUAAAUCAGUGACUCCCAGCUGCGGAGUUGAAUUCACUAGUGAAGUGUCUGUAUGAUGAAAACAAUUAUCUUGUAGACAAAGGAAGACUAGAAACACAGGGGGGAAAGAAAGGAUAAAUUUUAAAGAGUGAGACCGAAAGGUGGCCUUAUUUUGGUAAUGAUCUUCUCCUUCAUAAAAACUCAGGGAAUAUCCUUAAGAAGACCCAUGUUAAUACUACAUACUCCCAAUUUCUCUUGUUGAGAUACAAAUGUA